AUGGCAAACCACGACGUACUGUCGACUUCCAGGCUCUUAAUGCUCAUGCUACGCGGGAAACGCACCACAAGCCAUCACCCUUUCACCAGGCUAGAUCAGUCCCAAACGGGAAAAAGAAAACUCAUAACACCUUGGGGUAGAUACCGUUACAAAACGGCCCCUCAAGGGCACAUUGCCUCCGGCGAUGGAUACACGAGGCGGUAUCACGAGUUUGUGUCAGACAUCCCAAACAAAACCAAGUGUGUAGAUGACGUCCUGCUUUGGGCUGACUCUCUAGCAGACUGCUUCUUUCAAGCUGUUCAGUGGCUCGACACCUGUGGACGGAAUGGGAUCACCCUUAACCCUGACAAGUUUGUGUUUGGUGAAGACACUGUAGAAUUCGCCGGGUUUGAGAUAACUCCUGACAGCGUCCGGCCUUGUAGGAAGAACCUACAGGCCAUCCUGGACUUCCCAACACCCAAGGACAUCACUGAUGUACGUUCCUGGUUUGGGUUUGUCAACCAAGUUUCGUACGCCUUCAGCAUGGCUGAGAAGAUGCUGCCAUUCCGGCAACUUUUGAAACCUAGCUCAUCAUUCAAGUGGGAUGAAAACCUCCAAAAUGCAUUUGAGGAAUCGAAAGCUGUGAUAGCCAGCGAGAUCGAAGAGGGCGUCCAAAUCUUUGACCCGAGCAAGCCUCUGAAUCACGCUAUGCCCCAGUGGAGGGCGAAGCCCUUGCAGUCGCUGAUGCCCUAG